AUGCGUAUCAAGGGAGCCGGCGGCCCGAAAGGCCCGUAUCAGUACCGAGUAAGGCGAACCGUCGGCGUUGUGAACCUCGAGUCUCAACUUUCGGAUGGAAUACCAGAAAAUCUCUCAGCCAGCCGGCAGACAACUGCACAGGAAACCCCAUACCGAAGGGGCGAUGGAACAUUGUCUAGGAAGAGGCCUUUCGAAAGGACCAACCUAGAGCAUGAACCAAACACCAGCUUUCAGGACAUACAUAUCUUGAGAAGGCCAACACCUUCCAUUACAGUGCGAGAGGAAGCUCCGUCAACCCCAAGCACAGCACAGCAUCCUGUGCUGGAAUCUACUGCCCCACGCCCAUCAUUGUCCUUCCGAAUCGCCAGUCCCGUGGAAGAAUAUCCAGAUUCUCAGGGUCAAUGUGGACAAACUAGCUUAUUGAUUGGAAUGCUAGCCACUCUGACAAGUGCUGGUUCCGUCGGGCUGCUUGCAAUGCAGGAUGAUAGUUCAAGUGCCUCGAUUUUGUCUCCGCUAACAAAUCAACGAUCUCCCACAGAUCGUUCUCUGCAGAUUUCAGAGGAGGUAUCUGAUCGAUUAGUCCAUGUUUAUCUUGAACGAGUCAAUCCGCGAUAUCCGUUCCUUCAUCUGGAUACUUUCCUCGGCUGGUAUGAAUCGUGGAAAACUCAUUCGCAGAUGGAUAGGACCAACCGUCAACAGUAUUCAUGGAAGGAUUAUUUUGUGACUAUGGUGCAUGCUGUUGCUUUACUUUUAACGCCCCGUGUCUCUGUCAGUGAUAUUGCCACCUCUCAGUCUUUAUAUAACAACGCAAUGCAAUAUCUUCCUCGCGUUUUUGCGCACCCCGAUCCCGUUCUACAUGCUCAGGCAUAUCUUCUUUUGACCCUACACGCGCUUCACUCUCCAUCGUCACAGAUGAUUGUCACAAUUGUCUCUGCUAUGAUGAGAUAUUGUGUUAUGGCUCAACUCCAUCUGGCCGAGAGCGAGCCGAAAUUAUUAAAUCCCGCGUUCUCUUUGGAGGUCCAAACUCGUCGUCGAGUGUUUUGGUCAGCUUAUGCUCUGGACCGAUUCAUCAGUUGGAUUUAUCACAUUCCCAACAAUAUCAUCGAUGAACAUAUUAGCGUGGAACUAUUCUCAAAUGUCGCAGAUGCAGACCUUCAGCGCGAAGGAUUAUCUGAUAGCAGUAUUCGAACAGAGACCCCAGCACAGAAAACACAUGUCUCACCAGCCCUCCACUUAUUUCGAUGCAGACGCAUUCAGUCACGGAUCAUCAGUACCAUGAUGCGGUCUGAUUUUGAAGAGAUCAAUGCUACAACGACAUGGCGAGAGCACAUGUUAGGAGAAUUGGACUCUUGGAGGUCCCAAUUAGGGCUAUUAAGCGAUGUGGCCUCCAAGAGCUAUACAAGUGAUCGAUGGGUUGGUAUGGCUUACAACUACACAAUCCUCCUGUUGCACCAACCGACCAAAGAGAACGUUUGCAACGGCUUUGGAGAUAGAUCAGUCUCGGCUUGUGUUCAAAUUGCGUUGACAUUCAGGACUUUCCAGAAAGACCGACAAACUGCACAACUAUGGCCCGGUCUCUUAAGCCAGGUUUCUGUAGGCGUCACUCUGCUUUACUGCUUUUGGGCAACACCGCCCCAACACCAAACACCAGCCUACCGAUCGAGGAAAGUCCCAGAAGCGUUACGAGCCUGUUCGACUGCCCUGGCCAUCCUAGCUGAGCGGUGGGUUCAAGCUGAGCCUUUGCGCGAUGUCUUUGAUGUCUUGGCUAAAGAAGUUCCACUAUAUGGAACGGCCGAAGACACUCCACCAAGACACUUCUCCGCGGAGUCCGCUUCCUAUGUUCAGUCCCAAAUGGCUCUGCUCACAUCAAUCAUCAUGCAUCGUGGUGUUCUGCGAAUGAUUCGCGAGAUGAUCACGGAGAAUUUCCCUAUGGCUUUGAAUGAGGACUUCAAUCAUGCAGUGCCACCGCACGACGAGACCAUUCCUCAGAGCUUGAGUGGUCAUCUGUGUUCUCCAGAGUGUCCAUUCUUCCGCGAGCCAGGCCACCCUGGAUCUGUGGCUGCCAUGGACUCCCAAGCGUAUCCUUCUCUCGGGAAUGGGGAUGGGAAUACCUUUGGAAUUGAUGACGAGACGCUCAUGUUUCCACUUCUCUUCGGCUCAGCGGAAUUUUGA